AUGCAUCACUCUGUUAAAGAAGCUAAUUACAGUGUUAAUUAAGUUGAAUGUGAAAUCCUUUAACAAUAUUUAGGAUAACCUUAAGCUUAAUCUUUAAUGUAUAACAUUGUUAUCAAUAUACUUCUAGAUAGUAAUUUGCCAAGUCUUCUGAAUUUAACAUAUUAGUCACACCAUCUGGAUUAGUAGUAUAAUGUUGUAGUAAUACAAAUGCAAUUAAGAAAUAUGGUACUCUUUAAAUGUCUAAAGGAACACAUAUAUGGGAAAUUAUUGCAAUAUAUGAUUGUGGUUAGAUGCAAGUAUAUAUUGGUUAAAAUUCAAGAUUGGAGUAAGUACAGUCAGCAAACCAGGACAAGAGAAAAAUUAUCUUUAAUCAUUUACAGCAAGUACUAUUAGAACAAUCACAGUUAUUCUUAAUAUUGAAUUAGGAGAAGUUAAUUUUUAUUUGAAUGGAAAUCAUAAUUAAAAAAAAACACUUACUAUAGAAAAGAAUGCUACAUAUAUUCCUCUAAUAUAAUUUACUCCACAUGGAAAAGUUGCUGCUUUAAAUCCAUUUGCAUAACAUCCAAAUCUAAAUUAUCCAAGAAUUAAAUGUUUACCUCUCAAUUUAUUUACAUUAAAAAAUGAAUUUUAAAUACCUACUUUAGAUUUUGCAGAAAAAUUGGCUUAAAUUUAAUUUAAAGAAUUCAAUUGUGAUUCCAUUAUUAAAAUUGCAAAUAACUUUAUUUAUUUCCACAAUAAUAAAAUCAAGUUGCUUAGACCUAAAUUAGGUAAAUCAAAUAUAGAUGAAACAUAAUUAAUUAAUAUAUUUGCAAAUAGACCAGAAACUCCUUAAUCUUUAAUAUUUAUUAAAUUAAUCAAACAACAUUAUUAAUUAAUCUCAGCAUCUUUUACUUGGAAAAAAUCAUUAGAAAAUGGAUAAACUAAUCAAAAAAUGAUUGAAUAAUUUCAUUAUUAUUGGAUAUAAGCUAAAGAAUAUGAUAACUAAGUUUUUAUUUAAAUUCCAUAUAUUUUAAUGAAAUAAAUAGUUCUUUCAUAAUUAGAAGAAUUUGAAUAAGAUUUUGGUCGUGUUUUGAGAAUUGAUGAAUAAGUUGAAAGUUGUAAAAUACUAAAAAUAAUCAGAAUUUUAUUAGAAAUUGAUGAAUAAUUAUAUGCAAUGACAUUAAACAAUUAAAUAUUUGAAAAGUUUAAUUCUACUACAUCUUUUAAUUUAGUACCUAGAAUAUUUUCUUAAUUUCAUAGAUUACACACUUUUUUAGAUUCAAAUAAUUACCCCUAUGAUAUUAUAUAAUUAACAGAAUUAGGAUUAAUGAAACUACCAGGUUUUUCAAAUUAAUUUAGACAUUUUACAAAUUAUAGAAAUUAAAUUGAACCAAUAACUUAUAAGAAUGAUUUAUUCGGAAUAUUGCCAGCUGAAAAAAUUUAUAGUUAUAUAGAUAUUCCUUUAGCAUUGACAAUUAAUAAUAUUCCUUAUGUAGAUUUAGAUGAUAAUUUUUAAUUGGUAAAAUCAUUUAAUGAUUCAAUUUAUUUCACUCUUAUAAAUGAAGAAGGAUUAAUUUAAGUUUGGAAUGGAGAAUUAAGUUUACAUAGAUGCUUAUAAUAUAAUCUUAGAUCAUUUGAAGAAAAAGUAGAAGAUUAAAAUUCGUUAGCUCCUUUAUUUGCUGAACCUUAAUAAGAAAAUAAUGCAUCUUCAAAUAUUGAAAAUCAAGAUAGUCAAAGUGAAGAAGCCUAAGAAGUUAUUGUUCCGAGUGAAGAAUUGUUAGAUUAACUCUAUAAUAUGGGAUUUUCAAUUGAAGCUUCAAAAUAAGCAUUGAUAGAAACCAAAAAUAAAAUUGAAGAAGCUAUUGAGAAAGUUAUAGUUAUUGAAGAAUAAAAAACAAAAGAAAAAUUAUAAUAAUAAUCAUAAUAAAAAGAAGUUAAAUUAUCCAAAUUAAAACCAUAUUGGACUUGUAAAGAAUGCACCUUACUUAAUUCAAAUGAAUAUAUUAAAUGUUAAGCAUGUUAUUCUGAACCUCCUUAAGAUGCAUUCGAAAAAGAAGAUAUUAUCGUUAUCUAAGAGUAAAUAUCAGAAUAGUAAACUGAUGUUAUAGAGGAAAAGAAUGAGAAAGUUUAGGAGGAUAACAAUGAAAAAUUUAGAAAUAUAUUCAAAACAUCUAAAUUAUCAAAUUUUAUUCAAAUCAAUCUUUAAAAACCAUUUAGACAUUUAUUAUUUGCCCAUAAUUUUACUACUGAAUAAUAAUCUUAUUUAGUUUUGAAUAGGUUUUUUCAAAAUAUCAAAUAUUUAGGUUAAUUUUUCAGAAGUAGUAAUGAAGGAAUUUAUUCAAUUUUAUCAAAUAAAACUUAUUAAUAAAUUGAAAAUUUUUAGAAUUUAUUAAAAUUAUUAAAUGAAGGAGAAAAUAGUAGAUUUAUUUAUGAAACCUUAUAUCCAGUUUUAACAGUAAUUGUUUAUUAAAAUUAUUUAGUAAUCAAAAGAAGAAUUUGAAUUUAAAGACUAAAUUAUUUUACCAAUAGAUGAUAUAAUAACAAACCUAUACUUUUAAGAUGAUAAACUUUUUAUUUAAGGUGCUACAAAAGUUUAUGAAUGCUCUUUAUUUGAUGGUAAAAUAUAAUUCUUAUAAUCUUUAGGAGAAAGUUAUGAACCAAAAUUAUAAUUAACCUAAAAACAAGAAAAAGCAGCAAUUAAAUAAUAAGAAAUAUAGUAAGAAGAAACUUAAGAGAAAUAAUAAGUAAAUAUAUAAUAAUAAAAUGAUAUUGUUGAAUCUUUGGAUGAUUUAACUAAAUUAACCCCUGAAGAAAUUUCAGAUUUAGCAAAGUUGAAUGAACAUUAGGAUGUAUACUUUUAACCAAUUAGUACAAAUCCUAUGCUUUUAUCAUAAAAAAAAGGAGAAUCCUGGGCUAAUAUAAUAGUAGAUAUUAAUUAAAAAAGUUAAAAUUAAAUAGAAUUACAUUUAUCUAAAUAGUAACAAAUGAUGAAAUUGUUAGUAACAGGAUUCAGUGAUAAAAAAUCUACUUUUAAAUCAGAAGGAUGGGUAUCUAUUGAUGGAUUAAAACCUGAGAAAGAUGAUUAAUUACCAUUAACUAUUUUCAGUCAUAAAGGAUCUUAAUUUAAUGUUUAGUAAUGUAUAUCAAAAAUAUGUUUUGUUUAAUAAGAAAUAUUUUCUACAGUUUAUUCAAAACCAGAAUUUAUAUUUAAACAUUUACAUGGAAGAUUAAUGAGUUUUUCUAAAUUUUCGAUUGCAAGUCCAAAUAAAUUUUAAAAUACUGGAGUUCCUUUAGGAUCUGGAUUGAUUUUUAUAGGAAAUAAUGCUAAUGAUUUUUAAUUUUGCUAAAAAUUCUAAAAUUUUAAUAAAGAAAAUUAUCAAUUAUGGUUAUAAGAGAGAUAAAAAGAUGUUAGACCUUUAAAACCAUGGGAACCAGUAGCAUUUUUUGAAUUAGGACCAAAUGAAGAAUAAAUAACAUUUAAUUUAGAAAAUCCAAAAAUAGGAAAAUAUAUUUUAUUAAUGACUCUAUCAGCAAAACAGACUGAUUAAGUGAAAUUUGAAUAAAAUCCUCUCACUUUGAAUUAUUUUGUUGCAUAUGGCACUGUUGUAAAAGAAAACUUAGGAGAGUAAUUGAUUUAAAGUUAAGAAUCUUUUGAACAUUUUAAAGAUAUUACUUUGAAAGUAAAUGAUAAUGUUUUGGAUAAAGAUUAAUGUUAAUUUAGAGAAGAUACUUAUGGUAAUUAUAAUAAAUACAUAUGUGAAAUACCUGCUUCUUUAUUAUCAAAUGUUUAAAACAUUAAAAUUGAAUUAAAAGAAUCUUAAAUAAGUUUUCUUUAAAUUACUGGACUUAAAUAGAAAGAUAUUAAUUAAAAUCUUUUAUAAAAAUUACCUUAAGCUUAUUAAAUAACAAAUUUGAUGCAUGAUGUUUCAAAAUAUCAUGAAUUCAAUUAGAAAUUAAUGUAACUUAUUCAUAACAUUAAAGCAUCUUAAUAAUAAAGAUUCAGUGCAAUUAAAGUUUUGUGUAAAUUAUUCUAAAGUAUUCCUCAAUUUGUAAACAUAUGUUAUAAAGACUUAAAUAUAUUAGAAUUUAUUAAGUUAAAUUUAUUAUCAUAGUAAUAAUAAGAAGAAUCUUGUGUUUAAACAUUCUUUUAAUAAUUUUUGACAAUACCUGAAUUUAAUGGUUAAUUAGUAAAAGCAGUAAAAGAUAUUAUUAAUAAUAUUUUUACAUUAUCAGAUAUAAUAAAACCAACAGGAUUUAUUUAAUUACUUUAGAUGUUGAAGAAAUAUGCUUCAUUAGAUUCAAAAGAAUAUUAUCCAUAUAUUUUAAGUCAUUUAAAAUAAAUUGCAAAGUUUAUUCAUAAAGUUGAUUCAGGUCAUUUCAAUAAGUUAAAUUAAUUAUAAAUUUUCUUGAUGUUAACUGAGGAGUAACUAUUUUCUGAUAGAUAUUAUAAAUUAACUUAAUUUUUAGAAGAUACUCCAUUAAUAUCUUAAGUUUUAGGUGAAGUAUAAAAAUAGAUUGAAAUAAGUAAUAAAGAAAAGGUAGACUCUGAUAAACCAAAUAAUUUGAUAGACAUAGAUAUUAAUAUAAAGAGACCUCUUUAUUCAAUAAUAGUAUUUUCAAGAUAAGCUCAUUAUGAUGAAUAUGUAAUUGAUCUAUUAUGUUCAUAUGACAUUCAUUAAUUUUAAUUGGUAUUCAAUACUCCUCAGAUAAAUUGUAGAGUAGUAAGAGUGACUUUAUUUAAUGGUUAAAAUAAUUAACCUAUUUUGGAUGUUACAUUACCAGAUUGGUUGUUAGUUUAAUUAACUAAAUAUGCUGAUUAACAUUCAUCAAAUAUGCCUAAAAGUAAAUUAAAUAUAAUGUCAUGGAAUAUUAAGGCUUAAUAAGUGAGAACAUUAAAAUUACAAAUAACAUAUUCAUUAACUGCAGCCACUAGAACAAAAGAAGAGAAUAAUAUUGCUCCUAAGGAAUUAUGUAUAAUUCCAUAAUUCAAAGGAUAAUUAAAUUAACAAUCUGAAAAAUAGGUAUAAACUGAAUUAUCAUUCACUAUUGAAGGAGAUUUUGUUUUUGAAAAGGAGAUGAGCUUUCCUAACUCUUUGAAAUACUAAAAAUACAUCAAUUAAGGAGCUAUUUAUUUGGAUUCAGCCAAAGUUUUAGGAUUGAAACAAAAAUAAAUAAUCUUACAAAUAAAAGAGUCUAAUAAUUCUCAUAGUUCUCAUACUUAAAUAUAAUCAUAAUAUUUUAGGGCUUUGUUGGUUUAAAAAUAAAAAGAGUUAAAAUAAAAACUAUAAUAGAAUUAGGGUAAAGAAAAGUUAUAAGAUACAAUUUAAAUAAUCAGAAAAUUAUAGCUUGAAUUAAUUCAAGAUCCAAAUUCAAGUCUUAAUUUAAGUAAAUCUUUAGACUUUUUGUAUACAUAUGCUUAUGAACUGAUUAAAAUAUUAAUUCAUGCUGAUUCUACAUGUCAAUAAUGGAGAUCAGAUAUGGCUUUAAGAGAAUAAGAAGGAUUAAAGAUGGCUUAAUUAAUAUAUAAAACUUUUGUAUAAGUUAACCAAGGUCCAAUAACAGAUUUGAGUUUCUAAUUACUUAAUAUUAUAUUGAGUAAUUUAAACUUAAAAUAUUGGAUUCUAUUUACUUUUGCUUAAUAUCAAAAAAUUGAUUCAGAUGCUAAUAUUCUCAAUACUUUAAAAGUUCUUCAUAUUCCAAUUUGUCAAACUAUUAUGUAUGUUUCAAUAAUUUUAAGUGAAAAAUAAUAAAUAAAAUAAGCUCAACAAUUAAUUGGUUUAGUAUUAAAUAAAUUGGUAGAUAAAUAGUUCAAUAAUAAGGAAUUAGUAGAUCCUUAAAUUUAAAUUAAACCUUUAGGAACUCUAAGAUCAACAAGUAGUUAAGAUUUAGAAAUAGGAUAGGUAGAAAAAUUAACAGAUGAAUGUUUUGAAUUAACAAAGUAAAAGGUUUUUUCAACUCUAUUUUGUAUAAUGAAAUGGACUUUAUAAAAUUAAUAAUAAUAUCAAAUUUAAGAUAUUUAAAACCUAUUUCUAAAAACAUGUAAUGUUCUAAUGAAAUUAAAUAAUGAUGAACUCAUUCAUUUUGUAACUGAAAUUACAAAUCCUACUGAUCCAACAUAAUCAGGAUUAUUUUAAUUAUUAGCUAAUGCAAUACAAUCAAGUGAUUCUAAUACUAUUUUGAAUUAAAUUAAAUAGGUUAUAGAAAAGUUAUGUACUUAAUAAACAUAUAAACUAAUAUUUUAUUUCUUCUAAAUAAUAUUGAAUGCGAUAGUAAAAUAUGCUAAUGAAAAUAUUUCUAUCUUUAUACAUCCAUUAGAUAGUUCAGCUUGGUUUUCAUUUUUAUCAUUUGUAGUUGGUUAAUUAUUAUUACUUUAGAAUAUGAAUCUAAGCUAAGGUGAACAAAAAUAAAAUCAAAGAAAAAGAUCUGUUAAAUAUUAAGCUGCUUAAACCUAUUAGGAAUUUUCAGAAAAAUUAGAUGAAGGAGGUUUUGUUCAAAUAUGCAAUAUUGAAACUGUUUCAUAGAUGAUUAAAUUUUUAAUUGAACCAAGAAAGAAUUUACUUAAUAAUGAAACAUUAGAAAAUUCAUUAACUUAUUGGGGAUUAUUAUUAAAUUUGAUGAGUAAAAUUCCAACUUAAUUAAUUAUGGAGCACAAAAUAUAUGAUUAAUUAUUAUCAAUAUAUUUGAAAUUAGAUACAAAUAAAUAAGCAGUAAUACAAUUUAGAUUUAUUGAAAUGACAAAAUCAAUUUUAGAACAUACUUAAAGUACAGAAUUUAAUAGUAAUUUAAUAAAAUAAAUAUUUUAAUAUUAAGGAACAACAUUGAUAGAUGGAUUAUUAAAUAUAGUGGCAUCUUAAGAAAGGAAAAUAAAUGCUCAAAUAUUUAAAUUGAUAUUUUCUGAAACUGCACAAUAUCUAUAUAAAUAUUGUAAUAUUGGAAGACAUGAUGGUGUAUAUAGUUGUGAAUUAUCAUUAUUGAAAAAGCUAUAAUUUGGAAAUAAAUUAUUAUAAUUAAUGAAAAAGGCAGAGUGUCCUAUAAAAUUAUAAAUACUAAUAUAGGAAAUACCAUAAUAUGGUGAAUUAAUAAAAAAAUAUAUUCAUUGGUAUAUGCUUAAUAAAUCAAAUAUUCCUAAUGUAACUCCUGCAACUGAGAUUUUAGGAAGCAUCAGUAAACAUGUAAGAUAGAUAUUUGAUUGGUUAUAAGCAGAUUAAUAAUUAGCAACAGAAUCAUUAAUAUAGUUGUUUAAGUUUUAAAAAGAAUUUGAUAUAGUAAUUUAAGAAUAGGUGAAUUAAAUGACAAAUAUAUUGAGUUAUUCAUUAAUAAAACAUACUUAAGAAAUUUUUGAAGAAUUAAAUGAAUUAUGGAUGAUUACUGAUUAAGUAGUGAGAGAAAUAGCUAUUAAUGGAAAUGGUUUUGAAUACUUGUUAGAAAAAACACAUUUGACUUCAACUACUUUUGAAGAAAAGAGUGAGGCAAGUGAAUAACAACCUUAAGAAGAAGAAUUUGCUAAUAAAUUAUUGAUGAUUGAAUCGUAGAAAUAACCAGGGUAACCAUAAUAAUAGGUUAAGGAUUGGUAAGUAAAUAAAAAAGGAGUCAAAGCUAAAGUUCAUGUUUUAACUCUAAAAGAUGAAUUAUCUGAAGAUUAUAUUCUUGAAUUCUAAUUAGAGAAAUCUAUUGAAUUAAAAUAAAUUAAAAUUGGAUUUUAAGCAUACACUCCAGAAUACAAUGAUAGAAUUUUAGGUAUUCCAGAUAUAGUAGUAGUUGAAGUUAAGAACAAGACUUCAGAUAAUUUAUGGUAUCCAAUAGGUAUUAUGACUUUGAUUGAAGAUGAAGCAUAUACAUAUUAUAGUGUUAAAGUUAUGGCUUUAAAUGUUUGGAGAUUAAAUGCUUAAGGAACUUUAAAUCAAUAAAUUAAAUCAUUAGUAUAAUAACCUAUUACUUAUAUUAGAUUUAUUAUGAAAAAGCCACAAAUAACAUUUUUAGAGUAGAUUUCUUAAUUGUCAUUUAAACAAUACAAUAAUAUUUAAAUAGGAGUGAGUUUCAUUUCCAUUACAGGUUAUGAUUCAUCAAUUAAUAGAAAUAAAUAGAUAUAAACUAUUUAGGAGAAAACUGCCAGUAGAUUAUUAGGCAAGAUGUGUUCAUAAAAAUUUAGAAAUACAUUAUUUGAUAUCAGUAAUAAUUAGAACAUAAUUUAAUAAAUAAAAAAGAGCUUUAAAAAUAUUAGUUUAGCAUUACAUUCGAAUGAAUCUACACUUUCACCAUUGUUUAUAGGAUUGACUAAGUAUAAUCCAGAAUUUGGAGAUUGGGUAUUAGAUUAGAUUAUGGAUAUUACUUUAGAAUGGGCACAUGCUAAAUUAACAGCAGAAAUUGUUUUAUAAGAUAAGGAUAAAUAAUUAGAUAGGUUAAAGAAAUUUUUAAAUUACAUUUUGAAUUAAAUAAAAUAAAUUGGUUAAAUUGCUAAAUCUUAAGAUUAAUUUACUCAGCUUACUCUUUUAAUUGAAGCCUUAACUUAUGCAAUACUUAUUUCAAGCAAGUAAAAUAGCAAAGAACCAAUAUUAUUAGAUGUGGAAGAAGAAGACUUUUAAAAUAUUCUAUAGGCAGUAGAAGUGACAAGUUAAUCAUAUGAACAUUGUAAUAUGAUAAUUAGAUUAUUUAUCACUCUAAUUAAAUUGCCAUAACCAUAUGUGUUAAAUAUGUAAUUAUAAUAAACUGGUUUAUCAGAUAUGACAUAAUAAUUAUUGCAAAAGUCCCCUCUAUAUAAAUUAAAAUUGUUGUCUAUUUUAGUAUAGAUUAGCAAUGAUGUUGUUAAUCUAAUUAAACCACAUAUACCUAAAAUCUUUGAAUAAACAAUAGAAUCAUUGAAAAAAACAGAUAACACAACUAUGUCUGAUUACUUUUUCUUUUUUGAUUCAUCUGCUAAUGUUACAGAACUUAAAGAAUUUUAUUGCGCAAAUAAUUACCAUUUAUAAGUUUAUGACAAUUUGAAAGUAUCAAACCCAUCUAAAACAUUAUUAAAAUAAAUUGAUUAAUUAACAUUGAGUCAUAUCGUUAAUUUUAUUGGUAAGAUAACAUUAUCAACAUCUCAAGCAAUUAGUUAAUUAGCUUCAAAAUUGAUUUAUGAUAUUCAUUUAUUAUCACAAAUUGUAGAUAUUAAUUAUGUUGAAAAUGUACUUAUACCUUUAUUAAAUUUUGAAGAAAAAGUUGAUUUUACAAUUGAUAUUUGGGAUAAAGAGAGUUAAAUUUUUGUGGGUGAUAUAAGAAAAUUAAGUUCCCUUCAUAUUUAAGAAGAUGAAACUAAUGAAACUAGUGGAUCAUAUGAAUUGAAUGGAUUUUAAGCCAAAGAAUUCACACCUUAAUAUUAUGAUGCUUUAUAAUCAGCUAUUCAAAAAGUUAUUAAAACCAAUUCUCUAAAAAAAGGAGGAAGAUGGGUUAAGGAAAUGGAAUUAUAAUAAGGAGGCUCAUAUUUCCAUAAAACAUUAUCAACUCUAUAGAAGGGACCAUUUUUAAUUUUAUUAUUUGGAAAAAAUAAUAAUCAAAAUGAAAAUUGUAUUAUUGGAUUAUUUAGUACUUAAAAAUGUGGUACUUUGGUUAGUGAAUUUUAACAUGAUUAUUAUCCAGGAGAAGUGUAUCCAAUUCCAGAGAAUGGAGAAUAAUUUGGAUUUACUUAUGAGAAAGAUAGAGUAUAUCAUUUAUUAAAUAAUGAUCGUAAAACAUUUGGAGUAGGUAUGGAUCAUGUUAAUGGAGGUUCUUUCUCAUUUUUAUUGGAGAGAAUCAAUUUAACAUUUUCUGAUGAUUAAGAAGUUUCAAGUGUUUCUAUUGGAAUUCAUGAUUUUGAACUUUUAGAAUAAAAACCAGAGGAAGAUUAUUAUUUUGAUGAUUUUUGGAUGUAAAGAAUGGAAAUCUGGAUUUAUUAAUAACCAUAAUAAGUAUCUAAAAGUACAUAAAAACCAUUGUUUAGUGGAUAAUAAGGUAAUUAAUUAAUAGAAACAAAUGAUACUUCUACUUUUGGAUAUGGAAUUCUAAGUAAUCCUAUCUUAUAAGAUAAAUACUUUGCUAAAUAAUCUGUCUAUAAUUAUUUAAGUGCUACACCUAUUUAUUCUAUACCAGGAAAUUGUAAUAAUACUAACAUUUUAUAAUGCAUCUAUGUAUCGAAUAUGUUUUUGAAUGAAUAAGCAAUCAAAAACUCAACUAGUAUUUAACUUAAUGGUACAUUAAUUUAAUAAUAAACAAAACCAUUCCCAACAUUUGUUGUUGAUGGAUUAGAAUUAUUAGGAUAAUUAAAUUCUCUUACUGAAACUCCAUUGUAAUAUUCAGCAGCUUUGAGAAUUUUUGAAGCAUUCUAAAAUUAAGAUGGCGUCAAAUAAAUUAUUUUAGCUGUCUAGGAUGCAACUAAAAAAUGGUAAAAUUAAGAAUUGACAUAAAUUUGGAAUUCAUAUGUCUCUGAAUUAAGUGCCUUUUGUUCAGUCCCAUAAUUUUUUAGUUAUUAUUUAAAAAAUAAGAAAUCCAUGGAAUUACUCUUUUAAUUAUUAGCAGGUACACCUGAUUAACCUAAUAGUGAUUAAAAAGCAUGGAAAGAAAAAGAAAUUGAAGCUGUUAAAUUUAUUUAUGAUACUUUGUCAGAUGUUUUUAAGACACAUAAUAAUUAAGAAAUUAGAAUUAUUGCUAUUAAUGAUAAUUUAAUAUAAAAAAUCUUAGAUAAAAUUGCCGUUGUUAGUAAAGAAAAGAAAAGAGUAUUUUAAGAAAUUAUUGCUGAAGAAGAACCUUAAUAAUAAUAAUAAUAAUAAUAAUAGUAAAACUAAGUAUAAAAUGAUAAAGGUGUAGAUAGAAAACCUAAAAAGAAGUAAGGUGUUGGAUAUGGUAGUGAUUAAACUGGAUAGAAUUAAAAAUGGAAUACAUAAGAAUAUUUAGAUAAAAAGAAAGUUAGAUCUGAAUAAUUAAAAUCUCUUUUAGAAAUUAUAAGAAACUUUUUCAAUUAUGAUAAUUGGCAUCUGAAUUAAGAAUUAUCAAAAAGAAUUAAUGAAAUGAUAUUUGAAAGUGCCUUAUUGUCUUUAUUAGAAGCAGCUUUUAGAUCUGGUUCAUUGUUAGAAAUGUCAAAAGAUUUUGAUCUCAAUUUAUGUUAUCUUUAAUUAACAAAAACAUUAGCGAAACAUAAAAAUUUGACUCCUUUAUUGUUAAGGAUUCCAUCAAAUUAUAUACCAAAACAGAUUGAAUCUAUAGCAGAAUUAUUAAGUAACUUAAAAAAUAUUGCACAAAUAUUUUUAUCAUGUUUGAAAACAAAUGAAUUGUCAGAGAAGGAUUAGAUUUCAAAAUAAAUAGCAACAAUAAUUUUGGAGACGGAUACAUGUGUUUAAGAAGCAAUAGAAAGAUUUGAAUGUGAUGAAUCAGAUGAGGAAUUAGAAGAAGCAAAAGAACAUGAAUUGUAGGAGAUAUUAAAAUUACCAUUAAAUGAAGCUUAUAGAUUAUUAUUAAAGGAUUUAAGAUUUGAUUAUGUUUCAUUUAAGGGAUAAAAUCAGUAAUAUCUUCAUUAUUAUGAAAAAUAAAUAACUUAAGCUCCGAUUCCAACUCCAGCAAAAUUGAUUCGUUUAGCAUAAGAAUUCGCAGAUAUGUCAAAUUCAUUACCAGUUGAACAUACAAAUUCAAUAUUUGUAAGAGCUGAUAAGGAUAGAGUAGAUGUAAUAAAAGCAUUAAUAAUGGGAGCAUCUGGGACACCAUAUGCUCAUGGAGCUUAUUUAUUUGAUAUAUAUUUUGAAGAUCAAUAUCCAAAUACUCCUCCAAAGAUGAAUUUAUCAACUACUGGAGGUGGUAAAGUGAGAUUUAAUCCUAAUUUAUAUGCAUGUGGUAAAGUAUGUUUAUCAUUAUUGGGAACAUGGAGAGGACAUGCAUCAGAAAACUGGGAUCCUAAAUUAUCAACAAUAUUAUAAGUAUUAGUAUCAACAUAAGCUAUAAUAAUGUCUGAAGAUGUUUAUUUUAAUGAACCAGGAUUUGAAGGGGAAGCAGGUUAAUAGGAUGGAGAAAUGAAGAAUGAAGCAUAUUCUAAUAUUGUUAGAUUUGGUAAUAUAUAAUAUGCAAUGAUUGAAAAUAUUAAAAAUCCACCAUUAGGAUUUGAAUCAAUUAUUAGAAGACAUUUUUAUUUGAAGAGAGUUGAAAUUAUGGAUGAAGUAAAAAAAUGGAUAUAAUAUGCAGAAUAGAGAUAAGCAUAAUAUAUGGGAUUGGUGAGUGAUCAUAAUAGUCAAUGGUGUUCAAUAUUUAAGAAAUCUAAGACUUAAUAUUUAGAGAUGCUAAAAGAUGCUACUGCUGAAUUAGAGAAAGCUUUAAAUAGUUAUUAACAUCCAAGCAUCAAAGAAAUAAGUCCAAAAUUGAAUUAAAGAAGAAAAAAGAAAUAAUAAGAAAAUCAAGUAAAUGUUCCAAAAGUCACAGAAGGAAUACUCAAUAUAGAAGAAGUAGAUGUGACAUAUGAUAAAGCUAUUUAAGAAUAAGUACUUGAUGUAAGCAAUGAAUAAGUGAGAGACAGAUGGAGUAGAUAUAUAGGAGCGAUGGGAAUAGAAGCUGUUAAGAAACAGGCAAAUGCGAAAGUAUUGAUUAGUGGAUUAGGAUCAUUGGGUGUAGAGAUAGCUAAGAAUGUGGUGCUUUCUGGAGUUGGAGUUUUUGCCAUUUAUGAUAAUAAAGUAGUAAAUGAGGAUGAUCUGGUUGGGUAGUUCUUCCUUUCUUAAUCUGAUAUUGGGAAAUCAAGGGCUAGUGUAUGUGUAGACAAAAUCUAAUAGUUGAAUAACUAUGUUAGAGUUAAAGUGAUAGAGAAAGAUGUUUAAGAGUAUAUAACUAAAGAGCAAUUUGACAUAGCAAUUCUAACAGAUGUUUAUGAUUACAAUGAAUUAAUUUGUUGGGAUAAUCUCUGUAGAACUCAUAAUAUUAAAUUAAUAAUAUCUAAUGCUAAUUCUGUUUAUGGUAGAAUAAUCAAUGACUUUGGAACUGAAUUUAAAGUAAUUGAUAAGAAUGGAGAAGAUAUUGCAGAUGUUCUUAUUAAAUCUAUUUCAUAAGAUGGAGUAGUUGAAUUAUUAGAGGGAUAACGAUCUUAAUUUGCUGAUGGGGAUCAUAUCAUUUUAUUAUAAGUCUAAGGAAUGCAAUUAGGAGAUUAAUCUAUUAAUAAUCAGCUUCUCAAAAUUUAAACAAUUUCUACAAAGAAAUUUAAGAUUCUAGAUGAUAUCUCUUAAUAUUCUCCAUACAUAUCAAGUGGAAUAGCCAGACAUGUUAAAUAAACUAUUACAUUUUCUAAUAAACCCUUAGAUACUGUUUUAAAUAGUGAUGAUUUCUUAGAUCCAAAUCUUAAGGACAGUGAUAGUAUUAAACCAUUAGAACAAAGUCUAUUACAUUUAGCAUAUAGAACACUAUCAUAUACUAAUGGAGAUAUCUCUAAUCUUCUUGAUUCUAUUCAAAAAUUUGAUAAGGGUAACUUAAUUUAAUAGAAUUAAAAAUAAGCUAAGUAUUUAGAAUACUAUCUCAAAAUGUUUUAGAAGACUUUCUAAUUACCAGCAUUUCCUCCUCUUGCUGCUUAUCUAGGAGGGUUUGUCUCUUAAGAAAUUAUUAAAGCCCUCACUAAUAAAUUUACUCCUAUUAAUUAAGCUUAUUAUUUUGAUUGUAUUGAAGUCUUACCUUUCGAAAUAUGGGAUGAAAAAGGAGAUCAAUAAGCUUAAAUGUAAGCAUUAGAUCAAGUAUAAAUUACAGGUAAAGAUGCUUUGGCUAAAUUAAUGGGAUAAGAUCUCUAUUAGAAAGUUAAGAAUACACAAAUAUUCAUGGUUGGAUGUGGUGCAAUUGGAUGUGAAUUACUAAAGAAUUUUGCUAUGAUUAAUUUAAGUAUAGAAGGUUAGAUUACUAUAACUGAUCCUGAUCAUAUUGAAACAUCUAAUCUAAAUAGAUAAUUCUUAUUCAGAGAAAAACAUAUUCAUAAACCUAAAUCUUAGACUGCAGCAGCAGCUGUUAUUUAAAUGAAUCCUCUUCUUAAAGGAAAAUUAAUAGCUAGAAUGGAUAAAGUUCAUGAAUAAACUGAAAACAUUUUUAAUGAUUAAUAUUUUGAAUAAUUAUCACUUGUUGCUAAUGCUCUUGAUAAUGUUUAAGCUAGAAGAUAUGUUGAUCGUAGAUGUGUUAAAGCUAAGAUUCCAUUAUUAGAAUCUGGAACACUUGGACCUAAAGGACAUGUUUAAUGUAUUAUUCCAUUCUAAACAGAAUCAUAUAAUAGUAUGUAAGAUCCUGUUGAAGAAGGUGAAAUUCCUUAUUGUACUUUAAAAAUGUUUCCAGAAGAAACAUUCCAUUGUAUUGAAUUUGCUAGAGAUAAAUUUAAUAAGUUGUUUUCAUUAAAACCAAAAUUAGCUUAAAAUAUUAUUGAUAAUUAAUCAUUUAAUCCAUCAAAUCCAGAAGAAAUUAAACAAUUAAAAUCUACCAUUAAAUUAUUAUAAUUUGCUCCAAUCAAAUUAGAUGAUUGUAUUUAAUGGGCUAAAAACAAAUUUUAAAAAUACUUUAUCAAUGAUAUUAAAUAAUUACUUUACACAUAUCCAACUGAUGCUAAAACAAAAGAUGGAUAACCUUUUUGGAAAUUACCAAAAAGACCUCCAAAAUGUUUAAAUUAUGAUAUUGAAAAUCUCAUUGUAGUAUAAUUUAUAUCAACAAUGGCUUUUCUUAGAGCUAAACAAUAUAAUCUACCUACACCAAAUGAUUGGAGAUUAGAAAAGAACAGAAUUGCUGUAGCUAUUUUAGGAUAGAAAAUGACAUGUAAAGAAUGGAUACCUAAUGAUUCAAAGAAAAAGGAGAUAGAAGAAUAAGUGUUAAAACUAGAAAAUAAAUAAUAGAAAUAAUAAGAAGAAGAAUAAGAGAAUAAUAUUUUUGAUGAUACUACUAAAUUAUUAGCAUAACUUCAAGAUUUGAGAUCUGUUGGGUAUAUAUAUAUAUUUAUAUUUUAGAAUUAAAUUAUAUUCAUAAGAAUUUGAAAAAGAUUGUGAUAUGAAUGGUCAUAUAGAUUUUAUUCAUUCUCUAGGAAAUCUAAGAGCUUUAAAUUAUGGUCUUGAUGAAAUGGAUUGGAUUACUGUUAAAUUAAAGGCUGGAAGAAUAGUUCCAGCAUUAGCUACUACAACAGCAGUAGUUUCAGGAUUAUAGACUAUAGAAUUAGUUAAAGUUCUAAAAAAAUGUAAAUUGGAAAAUAUGAAGAAUGGAUUCAUUAAUUUAGCAGUUCCUAUUGUUUAAUUGACUGAACCUAUGAAAGCUGAAACUAUCAAAUUAAAUGAAGAAGUUAAUGUUACUUUAUGGGAUAGAUGGGAGGUUAGAUUAGGAAAAGAAAUCACUUUGUAGAGCUUAUUCUAACACUUAAAAUAAACUUAUCAUUUAGAACCAAUUAAUGUAUUCAAAUAAUCUUCAGUCAUUUAUAUGCAUGAUCUUCACAAAGGAUAGAAUCUAUUUACAUAACCCAUUUUUGAAUUAUUAGAUGUUAAGGUAUAUAUUUUAUAUAUCAUUUUUUUAGACUGAUUAUGUAGAUUUAGUAAUUAAUUUUGUGAAAGAUGAACAGAUAUUAAAGAAUGUACCUGAAGUUAGAGUUUACUUUAACCAAUGAAUG